AUGGAGCCAGAUGAGAAGACAGAGCAACCUAUUGUCGACCAGGCGAACGAAGGCGGCAACUUCUCCAGCUAUAUCAGAGUCUUUCGCUAUGCGGACCGUCAAUCCUGGAUUCUCAAUGGCAUCGCAUUCGUCGCAGCCAUUGGUGCUGGUGUGCCACUUCCGCUGAUGGACCUGGUCUUUGGACAAUUCGUAACAGCCUUUGUCGACUUCAGCCAAGGAAGGUACAGCCCUGACCAAUACAUGAACCAAGUCGUCAAGUACACAUUGUACUUCAUCUACUUGUUCGUUGCCAAGUUCGUCUUGGUAUACAUCCACACAGUAUGCGUAUCCAUGGCCGCGAUCCGGACCACAAAAGCACUGCGGGUGGACUUUAUGACUUCUCUACUCCGUCAGGAGAUUGCAUACUUCGAUUCCAAGGAUGCUGGAUCGCCAUCGGUGAAGGUCACUUCGACGGCCAAUCUUGUCAACCAAGGCAUCUCCGAGAAGCUUUCACUCACCAUCCAAAGCCUCACGACCUUCGUCACGGCCUUCAUCAUUGCGUUUGCAGUGCAAUGGAAACUCACACUCAUUACCAUUGGUAUAGUGCCGGCUAUAAUCAUCGUCACUACGGUCUGCGUAGCCAUCGACACCAAGAACGAGACCAAGCUUCUGUCAAUAUACUCUCGAGCGGGACUCCUGGCAGAAGAGGUCUUCUCUAGUAUUGCAACCGUGCAUUCGUUCUGGCUACACCCUGAGAUGGUCAAGCGAUAUGACAAUCUGGUUGCUGAUGCAGAAAAGGAGGGAUUGAAGAAGCGACCGAAUCUGGGCAUCCUGUACUCCUUUGAGUACUUUGUCGUGUUCUCUGGAUAUGGCCUUGCUUUCUGGCGUGGAUGUCGAAUGUACGCAAGUGGUGAGAUUGAGGAGUCUGGCAAAGUCGUUACUGUCAUCUUCGCCGUAAUUGUGGCCGCUACCAUCCUCACACAAAUCGCCCCACAGAUCAUGACUCUGUCGAAGGCUAUAAGUGCUGCCGAUGAUCUAUUCAAGACAAUCGAUCGGCAGUCUAAAAUCGACUCACUGGCAACGCAAGGCGAUCGACCGUCUGGUUGUAAGGGCAAGAUUGAAGUGAAAGAUAUUCGGUUCUCCUACCCAUCACGGCCAGACGAUGAGAUACUUCGGGGUCUGAAUCUUGACAUUCCUGCCGGGAAAACCACGGCCUUGGUUGGUGCGUCUGGGUCUGGGAAGAGCACGAUAAUUGGUUUGCUUGAGCGCUGGUAUGAUCAGUCUCACGGUGUCAUUACCAUUGACGGUAUCGAUAUUCGUGAGCUCGACAUUCAAUGGCUGCGUCAAAACAUCAGACUGGUUCAACAGGAGCCUGUCCUUUUCAGCGGCAGCGUCUUUGACAAUGUGGCGUAUGGACUUAUUGGCACCCCUUACGAGCACAGUCCUCAAGAAGAGAAGAUGAGGCUCGUCGAGCAAGCCUGCAUUGAUGCCUUUGCCGAUCAAUUCAUCCGGAAACUCCCCCAGCAAUAUAACACCAGCAUCGGUGAACGUGCGCGAAUGCUCUCGGGUGGCCAAAAGCAACGCAUAGCCAUUGCAAGGAGCAUCAUCUCGAAUCCGCCCAUUCUACUUCUCGACGAAGCAACGAGCGCGCUUGACCCCAAGGCCGAGCAAGUCGUGCAGCGUGCGCUCAACAACGUGUCUGCGAACCGAACAACCAUCACAAUCGCGCACAAGCUCUCGACCAUCAGAGACUCCGACAGCAUUGCGGUGAUCUCAAAAGGCGCCGUCAUCGAACAAGGCACCCACGACGAACUUUUGGCUCAAAACGGUGCAUACUCGCGUCUUGUCAAUGCUCAGAAUUUGGGCGGCGGAUCCAACAGCAACGACGAUAGCGAGAGUGACGUCGAGUCGGGCGAGGAUGGCAAGCUGGAGCGCAAUGCCUCACUUGCACGUACUAAAUCUGAGCGAGUCGACAUCGAUCCAGACGAAGAUUCUGAUGAAGAGAAGGAGACCAUGAAUUACGGACUGCUCAGAUGUAUUUGGAUGUUGCUGAAGAACGAGCCAGAUCUGUGGCCGCACUUCUUCAUUUCCGCAGUCUGCUGUAUUCUGGGAGGUGGGACUUACCCAGCUCAGGCAGUACUCUUGUCCCGCACGUUCGGUGUCUUCCAACUGCAAGAUGCCAGCAGGAUUCGAAGCCGUGGUGACUUCUGGGCUCUUAUGUUUUUCAUCAUAGCGCUCGCCAACCUCGUCAUCUACUUCAUCGUUGGAUGGUCUACAACCGUCAUCUCCCAGAAACUGACACGCCGCUAUCGACUUCGACUCUUCAAGACCACCAUCCACCAGGACAUGGAGUUCUUCGACCAAGCCUCUCACGCGAGUGGGGGUAUGACAUCUAAACUUUCCAGUUGCGCCACCAACAUGCAAGAGCUCAUGGGUAUCAACAUUGGCUUGAUUCUCAUCAACAUCACCAAUGUCACAUCCAGCUCUAUCUUUGGUAUCAUUGUCGGCUGGAAGCUGGGACUCGUCUGUGUGUUCGGGGCACUCCCUCCACUUCUCUUCAGCGGCUAUCUCAGAAUUCGCCUCGAGACCGCACUGGACGAUGCUACUUCGAAGAGAUUCGCCAGCAGUGCUGCUAUUGCUGCUGAGGCCAUUUCCGCUAUACGCACUGUAGCAUCGCUAACACUGGAGAGGACAAUUCUGGACAUAUAUCAAGACAGACUUGCCAACGUGGCAAGCAAGGCAACGAAGGCAUUGUUCUGGACCAUGUUCUGGUAUUCCCUGACGCAGUCUAUCUCGUUCCUCGCCAUGGCUUUGGGUUUCUGGUACGGCGGCAAACUUGUAUCCACGGGCGAGUACGACACGACUCAGUUCUUCGCGAUUUUCAUUGCGGUCAUUUUCGGUGGCGAGGCGACGGCGGCGUUUUUCCAGUACACGACCAGCAUCACCAAGGCACAGAUCGCGGCGAACUUCAUGUUCUGGCUUGAGCACCGUGCUCCAAAGCAAGACAUGGACCCUUCCAUGCCAUCGCCAGACGAGAAAGAUGUACACGGUCCCGCAGCAAUCGGCUACGACGAUCUCACAUUCGCAUACCCAGCACGCCCGAACAUUCCCAUCCUCAACGGCAUCGACGUCACGAUUCCACCAGGCAAAUUCGCGGCUUUCGUAGGCCCUUCAGGCUGUGGCAAGACAACGAUGAUAUCCUUGCUAUCUCGCUUCUACGACCCCAGUUCCGGAUCCAUCUCCCUGAACAAGCAAGCAAUCACAGACUUGACGCCCCGUCACCAUCGUCGCCGCAUCGCACUCGUCCAGCAAGAGCCUAUCCUGUAUCAAGGCAGCAUCCGAGACAACGUGGCCCUGGGCAUCGCCGAGUCUCGCGAAGCCACCGAAGCUGAAAUCGAAAAGGCAUGCACUCAAGCCAACAUUUGGGACUUUGUCAAGUCGUUACCUGAAGGCUUGAAUACCUUCGUCGGCAUGCGCGGAUCUCAGCUCUCUGGUGGCCAGCGCCAACGCGUUGCCAUCGCGAGAGCUAUUAUCCGCGAUCCGAGCGUUUUGCUGCUUGAUGAAGCGACAUCUGCGCUCGAUACUGAGAGCGAGAAGAUCGUGCAGGCGGCGUUGAUGGAUGCAGCACAAGAAGGCAGCCGGACGACAGUGGCGGUGGCUCAUCGACUGAGUACCAUCCGAGACGCGGAUUACAUCUUCGUGUUCGAGGCUGGAAAGAUCGUCGAAUCGGGUAGUCACAAUUUCCUCUUGCAGAAGAGAGGGAGGUAUUAUCAGAUGUGUCAAGGGCAGGCUCUAGACCGAGCGGUAUAG